CUCAACGCACAGAUGAGAGAUAUGUGCAGUGAAAACUUUGCAAAAAAACAAUGUGAAAUUAUUAGAUUUUUCCUUAAAAUAAUGAAAACAACUAUAUUAUAAGCUUGCAUUAACACCGGCGAGAUGUUUACCAAGAAGUCACAUCAGGAUGUUAAGAAAUCUACAGUUAAAAUACAGGAUUCGAAAAAGGAUUCGACAACUAGACUAAAACAUUUAAAAAUUGUUCUAGAACAUUUCGAUUCAGAUGAAGCCAAAAAUUAUUUCGAAAAUAAUUUUAGCCAUGUUUAUUUUAUUUUAUAUGACAACUUCAUACUUGCUGAAAAUAACCUCAGACAAAGGGAACUUCCGUUUCACCUAGUUCACAAAGCUGGCAGGGAGGAGUUGGAAGGUGCCUUGUCACUAUUGGAGAAAGUACUAUGUCUUUUACCGGAACUUAUUGGAAAAAGAUGGCAGUUGCAUUCCUUGACAAGAAUAUUUUCAAAAUUACUUCACAGUGGAAAUUCGCAAAAGCUAAGAGCAGAGGCAAUAAGAUAUUUUUUGUUAUGGUACCAAGCCCUUGGUGAUAAUGCACCUCCUGAAGUGAAUCGAAUUUUUGCAUCUCUUGUCCCGGGGUUACCAGAUUCUUGUUUACCACCUAUUGGUUCCCCAUUUAAAACAAAGUCCCAGGAUACAAAUGUAUCCAAUGAUAUAGGUGAAUUCAAAAUGGAGGAUAUUAUGCAACAUCCAAAUUUUAACGCCACUUUAGAUACAUCAAAAAAAGUAGUCGUGGAGCAGACACCUGUGGGCAUAAUGGGCAAGCUAGCAAAUGUCUCUGCCUCUAUUUUCCAUGACACGAAUGCCCUCAACCCGGUCCAAAGUGUUGACAUUCAACCUUUACUACCAGCGAGUGCCAAUGAAAGAUUAGUUGAUAAUGAAACAAAGUAUUUCUUUGAAAUACUUCUUGACGGAAUGGCAACGUCAGUGACAAAGAUACAAUGGAAAGACAGAUCUCAUGCAAAAUCAAUGAGAAGUUUUGCAUUUCUCUUGGAGAAAUUUAAAAUCUACUAUCUGCCAAUAAUAUGUCCCCAGUUUAAUCACAAAAAUUCACUAUAUAAACCCAAUCUAGAGCUCCCAGUACAACACAACAUACUGGAAGAUGAUUAUGUCUUAUGUCGGGUGACGCUCAUUAAAUGGGUAGCAAGCUACGCCCAUUUCAUGAAGAAGACUGGAGGCAGUGAAGGCGGCCAACCUUCAUCUAUGACUAGCACUGGCUCCCAACUUCCACAUUCGGGAACGCCAACACCUGCAACCUCACUCCACCACGAAGAAGAAACAUCCUUCACGGUCGGGCAUCCAUCAGACUCCAGUAGAGCAUCCUCUCAUGAUUCGGCAUCAAUUACACCACAUCAAAGCUUAGAAUCAGCAGGUUCGGGCAACUACGAAGAGCUGAGCUCAGAGCAAGUGGUGCGUGACGUGCUCUGCUGUUGGUCGCGCGAACACGUUGAUUUCACUAUAGAAGUGUUACGACAGGCUUUUCUGCUACCGUUCUCUCACGCCGCCGCUAUACGCCGCGUCAUUGCACUUUACAAAGACUGGAUACAGAUGAAUGUGGCGGAGAUCCCGCCGUUCCUGAUGGAGAGCAUCUACGAGCACGCGCUGAGCCACGCCAGCGAGCCGCUCGCGCCGCCGCGCCGCCUGCGCAACGACUCCUACCUCGGCGCCAUCGGACGAGACAAUAUCAUGGUGCGGGCGGGCGUGCAGAACGUGCUGCAGGUGUUCAUGACGCAGGCGGCGAACGUGUUCGUGGCGAGCGCCAGCCCGGUGGCGCCGCCGGGCGCGCUGGGCCCCCCGCAGCUGCUGGACGAGCAGACGGACACCUGCAAGCGCGUGCUCAACAUCUACCGAUACAUGGUCAUGCACGUCGCCAUGGACGCCGGCUCCUGGGAACAAUUGUUGCUCGUAUUAUUACAAAUAACAUCUCUGGUCCUGACAAAGGUGCCACCGAAAAGGAAACAAGAUACUUUAGGAGGCUUCCUCGCUCCAGCCUUAUUUCAAACGCUAAUCGUGACUUGGAUCAAGGCUAAUUUAAAUGUAGCUGUCAAACAAGAACUUUGGCAAAACUUCAUGGAAUUGUUGACUCGUCUUACCCACUGGGAAGAUCUGAUAAAGGAAUGGGCGAAAACAAUGGAGACGCUGACGCGCGUGCUGGCGCGGCACGUGUACUCGCUGGAGCUGUCGGAGGCGAGCGCGGCGGGCGAGGGGCGCGGGCGGGGCCGCCGCGUGCCGCCCGCGCCCGCGCCGCGCCCCGCGCCCCUGCGCCGCCCCGCCCGCCCCGGCGCGCGGACGCCCGGUAAAUCCCCGCGAACGAGUCACGAAUCGCAUCCAAGAAAGGAAGCGGGCUCCCGACGUCCGCUAGCGCGCUGCCGCAGCGACCCGCAUUUAUCUAGAAAUGCAACGCACGCGCAACCACAGCAACCUGCAGAAGAAACCAAAGAACCGACUAGCAACAAACCGAGAAGAUGGUAUUCUCUUGAUUCUCUGAGACAGUCGUCCCAGCAAGAGGAAAGGGACUCUGCCAGUGGAUCACGAUCGCCGUCACCAGCUCCGUCUAGCGGUGUAGAAAGUAGCUCGAUUAAGGAUUCUCCCUUGCAAAUAGAUCUGGCUUCGGAUGGUGGCAACGUCGAAUGGUCCGAGUCGGACGCGGGAGUGGGCGUGGGUGCGGGCGCGGGCGUGGGCGUGGGCGUGGUGCUGGGCGGCGCGGCGCGCGGCUGGCUGCCGGACGUGGCGUGCGUGCUGUGGCGCCGCAUGCUGGCGGCGCUGGGCGACCCCAACGCGCUGCGGGACCCGCACGCGCACCACCACCUGUUCAACUACCUCGUGCAUCUCAACGCGACGCUCGUCAAGAUAAGCGCAAACCAAACUCUCAAUGGCAAUACAGAAAUACACGUCCCCUUCAACCUUGUGGCUGGAUGGUGUUUGGAAGCCGAGGCACUUCCGUCGUCGCACAGAGCUGGCAAGUUGGUGGCGCUGCGGUUACUGUGCGAGUCUACAGCUGCGCAGGCGCAGGGCCCGGGCGCGCCGUCCUCUUGUAGCGGUCGGCCGCACCUCGCUCAUCUGAAUCUCUACUUACGCGCACUGCAUCAUGGUCUCACGGGCGAGGACCGCUCGGUGGUGGACGUGCUGGUGGAACACGCCGCGCCGCGGUACUUGUCGCUGGCGCUGGAGGGACACUCGCUGCUGUUGCUCGACUUCGUGCACGCCUCCACCGUCGUGCUCAACUCCUCCGAUAUGGGACCCUCAUGUCCCCGAACGGCUGCUGUGACAUUUUUGGGGUCCCUCCUCGCGCUGCCCGACGGUUUAAUGAACGCGCCAAUGCUUCAGCCGUAUCCACAUCAAUAUAACACUGUGUCUUGUCCAGAUUUAAAGGAGCACGUGCUGAACAUAGUGGUGCGCGUGUGCCGGCGCGAGGGCGCGGGCGCGGCGCGCUGCGCGGGCGCGUGCGCGCUGGCAGCGCACUGCGCGCACGCGCUGGCCGCGCGCGACCCCUGCCCGCGCCUGCCCUCCUACGUCACCUGCCUGCUGCAGAUGCUGAUGAUGAAAAAUAAAACAAUAGCGAAAGUCGUCAGUGACGCCGUUCUAGUGUUAGCAGACUACACCGAUCGUAUCGUGGAAUUAUAUCCCGGCCUCGUUGAGAAAAUAAUAAAAUGGAUCUGCGCGUGCCUCGCUCAAAUAUCGAGCAGCAGCGGGCGAGACUCCGUGAAGCCGCUGGCGGGGUCGCUGCUGCUGUGCCUGGCGGAGUUCGCCGGCCGCUGCGGGCCCGCCACGCUGCUGCAGCCCGAUGGAGACCAGACAUUGCUGCUCAUCAUAUUUAAGGUGUUAUACGCGGUAAUGAAGGGGACGAAUGGAUCUGAUAUCGAGGGCCUGUCGCUACCCGUCGACGAAGAUUUUGAUCCCAACAUUCAAUUAGACAACUUGGGCCCGAAAACUACACCAGCGUCGACUAUCGACGUUAAACUUUGGGCACAAACGAUCUGCUCCCAGCUGGUGCUGUACCUGGGCCACUGGCCGCUGUGGAGCGGCUGCCAGACGUCGUCCAGCGUGUGCGAGCAGCACGACAGCCCAGCUCUGGGCUCGGAGCUGAGCGCGGCCGUGCUGGGCGCGCCGCACGUGCAGCUGCUGCGCCUCGGGGACACCACGCUUGCCAGCUUCGUGGAGCUGCCCGCCAUAGACCCGCCCUGCGGUGGCACCACACCAGGACUAAUGACAUCGGAUCGUCAAGUGCGAGUCCUACUGCGUGAUAUCUGCGGCAAGGCUUGCUGGGACGCGUCGGCGCUUUACUAUGACCCCUCAAUCGGCUCGUCGGAACCACCUGAACCGCUGCCCCUACCCACUACAAUCGAUAGUCCAAGAGACACUACUCUAUCAUCUCUUCCACCGCCAUUGCCAGCAGAUUUGUUGCCUGAUUACAAAAACUCACCACCAGACAAGCAUCAACUAGAUCAUGUGCUGGCGUACAUCGGACACACGUCGCCCGAGGUGUCGUGCGGGCGCCGCCUGGACGAGGCGGGCGCGUCGCCGCUGGCGCCGGGCGCCGAGGACGAGCUCGUGUGCGCGCUCGUGGCGCACCGCAACGCCGAGCGACACUACCUCGCGCACCGGGACAGUGAUGAGGAGUCGGAGCCCAGCGAAUGGAACGGUCGCGAGGCAGCGGGCCCGUUUGAGCAGAGCCGCGUGCUCGUGGCCCAGCUCGGCACGCUGAGCGCCGCGCGACGUGCGCACGCGCAGCUGCUGCGCCGCUCCGACAGGCUGCUGCGCGAGCUGCGCAACCUCGACCAGCAGAGAUGCAGAGAAACCCACAAAGUAGCGGUGAUUUACGUGGGGAAAGGCCAAGAAACUCGAAACGAAAUACUUUCCAACCGAUGCGGCAGCCCGGCUUAUGAAGCUUUUUUAGCUGCUCUUGCCUGGGAGGUGGAGCUCGAGAGCCACGUGGGCUUCGCGGGCGGGCUGCGCGGCGGCGGCGGCGGCGGCGUGAGCGCGCCCUACGUCGCCACGCUCACGCUCGAGGCGCUGUUCCACGUGGCCACGCGCAUGCCGGCCGACUCGCCCGACGCCAUCCUCAACAAGACACGACACCUGGGCAACGACGAGGUUCACGUAGUAUGGAGCGAGCACUGGAGGCCGUACAAGCGAGACACGCUGCCUACGCAGUUUUGCGAUGUGCUCAUCGUGCUGUACCCUUUGCCCGGCGGCCUGUUGCGUUGCACCGUCUCGAGGAAGCCGGACGUGGCCGUGUUCGGUCCACUGUGGGAGGAGUGCAUCAUCCGCGUGAGCUGCUGCGCGGCGCUGGUGCGCGGGGCGGCCUUCGCGGGCGGGCGGGCCGUGCGCGCCACCAUGCCGCUGUACCAGCACGCCUGCAGCGAGCGCGCGCGCGACCUCGACGCGCUCGUCACCAACCACACGCAGCCCACGACCUUCGAGACCUUCGUCACGCGUAUCCGCGAGCCCGUGCCGCCCCACGCGCACCACGCCCAGCUCGCCUCUUCCCACUCUACGGACCAGACCAGCGCACGUCUGGCUAACGCACUGAUCGACCACGGGGCGAGUUCGUGGGGCAGUUGCACCGAGCCGCACUCUGUGUCGCCGCGUCCUACCAAACGACUCGGUCCGUUUAAACGCCCGCCUCAGUCCUCCGCCACCCCGCAACCCUCUUCCGCGCCUCGGCACAAUCGGUGAGCGAUGUUACUCGAAUACUGCAAACUACUUAAAACACAAAUGCAAGAAAAUUGAAACCCUUCAAUGACAAUGCAGGAGGAGCAUUGAAUUUUUUUAAGUUAUCGUAAUAGCUAAACGUAUUCAGAACAUGUUCUCCAUUUAAAUGACUAUGAUGCUUAAAGCUAAAAAGUUGAUGAUAUAUUGUUUAUUAACAAGAAAAAUUGCUAUUUUCUACUCCAUUACAUUUUGUUUUGUUUUCAAAUAAAUUGUUUUUUUUUUAUUGUGUUAACUAAUGUCGAAAGUAUUAUUUGCUUUAUUUUUCAUCUUGUAAUUAGUUUCAAACGUUUUAAAGCAAUGAAAUCAUUUAUUGAUGACAUUUGUAAUUCUUUAACUAGACUUUUUUAUAUGGUAUUGUUGCCGCGGCUCAUAGAAACUUUUAAAACAAUAAUAAUGAGGAUUUGAAUACUUGUAAAUGUAUUUAUUGAAGAGAUUAAUCAAAACACUAUACUAAUAUAUAAAUAUUAUAGUAUAUUUAAUAAUUAUAGAUUAGUCAUAUUAUUUGAUGGUUUACUUAACUUUUCAAAAUAUAAGGAUUUGAUUAAUGUAACAUAGUCAGUGUAACAAAUGUCGUCCACGAUGAGAUUGUUAGCACUAAAAUAUAUCGACUUAAUGAAAUUUUAUGUACUUAAUAAUUUAUUUUUAAGAUAUAAGGUAUUUAAUUGUAGAUUAAAAUGCAUUUAAAAUAUCAAUGGUAAGAUUUUCUUGCAGCCUUUAUAAAAAAAAUAGUAUCAAAGAUUGCUUGUAUUGCCUUAUUUAGCUGUGAAAUUGUGUGCUAAAAGCCUUAAGUCUGUCUUCAUUAAAUCACUAUCAGUAAUGAAAUAAAUAUUUGAUUUCGGCAAACAUAUUUUGAAUUGCUUUAUAAUUUCUAUAAGACUUGUCGUCGCAAAUAAAUAAUGUGUAUUUUUAGAAGCACAAUAUGUAUAUACAUUGUUAUAUUUUUAAAUUGAAAAAUGUUUGCUGUCUUCAAUCAAUAUUGAACAACAAUACUUAGCAAGAAAAUUGGGGAAAACAGUUGUAACGUCCAAUGAAUUUUAUUUUCACAUUUCAAUCUAUUAUAAUAUAGUCAGCAUAUUGAGGACAUAAUACUUUACUUUGAAAAGAUAAUGAAUGGUAUUUCACGUUAUUAACAUUUUUUACAUUUUAAUUUAACAAUACCAUUGCACCGAUUUGUCUGUACAUAUGUAAACUAGACUUAGAGCUUUAACUGUUGUAGGCUAUUCUAUUUAUUUAUGUACUAUAAUUAAAGUUAUUUUUGUUAAAUAUGGCUCUAACAUAUCGGCUUACUUUUGGAUGUCCAAAACGAUUUAAGUAGUACUUUUUACAUCUGUUGUUAUUUUCAAAUCUGCCAUUGGGAUGCUGGUUAUUGUUAAUAUUAGGUUGCAUAUGCACGUGAGUUAUUUUUGAAUGUGAUUUUAUAAUAAACACCCAGACUAAAACAACAUUCGUAUUAUAAUAAGAAGAUACUUCUUAUAUAAUUAUUUAAAUAGGAUUUUCUUUUGUUUGUAUUUUUUUUUAACUUUUUAUCAAGUCCCUGAUUUUUGUAGAAUCUGAAUUUUAUUAAAAUUAUAUUCAAAGUAAAUAUACAUGUAUUAUAAUAUAAAAUAUAAUAAAUGUAUCAUCAUGAUUUUGUACCUAAAAUUUGGUAAUAAAUGACUUAAGUGUUUAAUAAAGAAAACCAAAAGAGGAAAUACAACCUUCCAAUGACAAAUGUUAUAAAAAUUAGGAACUUGAGCUAAUACAAGCACUAUAUGUUUCGUAAAAUAUCUCAGUAAUCGAAUAUUUAUUAGGAAUAUAUUUAAAGUUGUUUUAUUUUUAUUAAGAUAAAAGGUAUUGGGGACACAGUAGGUUGAUCUGUAAUUUAUGGUUUUUUUUUAUACCAAUAUAUAUUAUCAUUAAAAGUUGAACGAUUUGGUGCUAUCAAACAAUUGGUUCCAACAUUCCAAAAUAAUAUUAAUUUAGCCACAAACCUGUUACUUUCAUUUUUUUAUUGCAUAUCUGAGAUUAAUAAUGUAUAAGUAAUGAAAUGUUGUUAUGAUCUGCUUGCAUUUAACUUUAUGUAUGUAUGUUUUUCGCUCUUAAUUUGUUAUGCAUUCCAUAAUUUUUUUUACUUGUAUUAAUUAAACAGUAUAUAAAAAUUGUGUUAUUAUAAGUAUUCUUUAUUUAAUCCAUUUUAACAGUAUUUUAUAGAUGUUAAGACUGACAAGAUUAUGUAUUAUAAUAUUAAGUAUUAAUUGAUUAAUAUGAAUAUUUUAAUCAUUGGCAAUAUUAUUUUAAUUUGUUUUUAUAUCUUAAUUUCCUCCACAUUAAUUGGGGCUUGAUGAUUGUCACUAUAUAUUAUCCGAGAUAUUAACCCACAGACUUUAAAAUAACAAUUUUUUUUAUUAUAUAAAUCCAAGGUAAAAAUAAAGUUUUGUUAAACUUUU